UCCCCUCCCCCUCCCCCUACCGCCCUGCCCGCGACCCGUCCUGCUCCCCACGCUGGGUUUCCUGGUUAAGAUGGCGGCCCCCGUGGCAGCUCAGGCCCGGAAACUUCUGAGAGACCUGGCGCUCCGGCCCCCGCUCUUGGCGGCUAGGUCCCAGGUGGUUCAAUUAACCCCCAGAAGAUGGCUGAACCUGCAGGAAUACCAGAGCAAGAAACUGAUGUCUGACAAUGGAGUGAAAGUUCAAAGAUUUUUUGUAGCAGACACUGCCAAUGAAGCUCUCGAGGCUGCUAAGAGACUAAAUGCAAAAGAAAUUGUUUUAAAAGCCCAGAUCUUAGCUGGAGGAAGAGGAAAAGGUGUCUUCAGUAGCGGUUUGAAAGGAGGUGUUCAUUUAACAAAAGACCCUGAAGUUGUGGGUCAGUUGGCUAAACAGAUGAUUGGGUAUAAUCUAGCAACAAAACAAACUCCAAAAGAAGGUGUGAAAGUUAACAAGGUGAUGGUAGCUGAAGCAUUGGACAUUUCCAGGGAAACCUACCUGGCCAUUCUUAUGGACCGGUCUUGCAAUGGUCCCGUACUGGUGGGCAGCCCUCAGGGAGGUGUCGACAUUGAAGAAGUGGCAGCUUCAAACCCAGAACUUAUUUUUAAGGAGCAAAUUGACAUUAUUGAAGGAAUAAAGGACAGCCAGGCUCAGCGGAUGGCAGAAAAUCUAGGCUUCCUCGGGCCUUUGCAAAACCAGGCUGCAGAUCAAAUUAAGAAGCUCUAUAAUCUCUUCCUGAAAAUCGAUGCUACUCAGGUGGAAGUGAAUCCCUUUGGUGAAACUCCAGAAGGACAAGUUGUCUGUUUUGAUGCCAAGAUAAACUUCGAUGACAAUGCAGAAUUCCGACAGAAGGAUAUAUUUGCUAUGGAUGACAAAUCAGAGAAUGAGCCCAUUGAAAAUGAAGCUGCGAAGUAUGAUCUAAAAUACAUAGGACUGGAUGGGAACAUCGCCUGCUUUGUAAAUGGGGCUGGACUUGCCAUGGCUACCUGUGACAUCAUUUUCUUGAAUGGUGGGAAGCCAGCCAACUUCUUGGAUCUUGGAGGUGGUGUAAAGGAAUCUCAGGUUUAUCAAGCAUUCAAACUGCUCACAGCUGAUCCUAAGGUUGAAGCCAUCCUAGUGAAUAUUUUUGGUGGAAUCGUCAACUGUGCCAUCAUUGCCAAUGGGAUCACCAAAGCAUGCCGGGAGCUGGAACUCAAGGUGCCUCUGGUGGUCCGGCUUGAAGGAACCAAUGUCCACGAAGCCCAGAACAUUCUCACUAACAGCGGACUCCCCAUUACUUCGGCUGUCGACCUGGAGGAUGCAGCCAAGAAGGCUGUGGCCAGCGUGACUAAGAAGUGAUGCCUUUGUCCUGAUCCCUCGGAGGAAGAAGUUUUCCCAUAAGAAGGGAUUGUUCUCUCAUCACUGUGAAAGAAAUGGUUAUCCCAAUGAGGGGGAAAAAAAAAAAGAAAAAAAAAAACAGGAGAAGGGAAGAGCAAGAAGCACUGUAUUAAAAAAAUCUUAAAUCGGUUUUUUCUUGAAUAAGAUAUCUAGACAGCCUAAAUAAUCUGAUUUCCCUUAUAAUAUAAUGCCCUGGGUUCUCAUACUUUUCUGUCCUGGUGAGCCAGCUCAGUAGGCAUUGUUUUGCCAACUUUGGAGAACUGUCCAUAUGGCCAGACAUUGUGGGUAUAUACAGCAUUUGAGAUCAGGCUCUGGUUCAUUUACAGUAAAUUUGGUGAAUGUUUCAUCCUGUGUUAAUUAAAAAAAAAAAAGUCACAGGCUAUUAAAAAAACUCAGACAAGAUUACAUUUAGCAGAUUAACCGUGAAAAAGGUACAACUAAGACAUUCAAACAAACAGCUGUUAUAAACUGCAACAGUUUUUACAAUUUCUAAUUCUAACAUGUUUGGAAAAUCUGUGAAUAUUACAAAAUGUAUUUUACAAUGGAAAAUCUGCAUUAAUAUCCUAUAUAUGUGUCCUCCCAUUUGCCUUAAUAUUAAAUAUACUGUUUAACUCACACUAAAAAUAAAGCCAGAAGCCUUUUUUGUGAUUUUGGAGUAGAAGGUUCUCUUUUUACAUCAAAACUGAAGACUGUGAAUUCUUAUGGAAAUCACUGAUUCAGUCAUUUCAAGAUGAGACAGCAUCGAAGAUCAGAUUAUGCUGUGUCACUGUCUUCCCUCCCCUCCUCGUACCCACUAUAAUCUACCACCUGAGAAAAUGUUAUUGAGAGAAUGUGGCUUUUUUGCAUAAUGUCCAUUCUUGUGGUGAGAAAGAAUGUGAAUUAGAUUUUUGUCUAAAUUUUGAUAAAUUUUGAUCUGUACACAAAUUCAAAUAAAGUCCUCUGUUUUGUAAACUCUAA